AUGGCAGAUCGACUUGCAAGGGAGGCAAGAAGGGAGGCUGAGGCUAACCAGCAGAGAGAGGAAGAGCAGAGAUCUUCUGAGCGCGAACGUAGAAGAGCUGCCGCCGCCGCCACGGAGCGUAUGGCUAGACCUGAAGCCUCAUCAUCGUCGGCGCGUGUCCCCGAGGAGACUCAAGGCAACCUCCCUUCCCGCCAACGAUCUCAGAGCCAGUCAGCGCAACAACCUCCUAACACGCAGGCCACGUCUGGUCAUCGACGAUCUCACACGACCACCCAGUCCGGAGCACGCAUCUCCUCAGCACCCGAUCCUCCUUCAGCAUCAAAGGGAGAUGAUCUCAGAGAGGAAGUCCGUCCAUCGACAACGCGCAUGAACUUCCCUCAUGCAUUCGAGAGAUGGGAAGAUCUGUCAUCACACUGGGAAGGGCUCACAUCGUACUGGCUCCGUAAGAUCGAGGGCAACACUGACGAGAUCCGUCGUAACAUCCCGUCGGCUGCUGCCAUGCAACGCCAGAUCCAGGACCUCUCGGCUGCUGGAGCCAAUCUCUUCCAUGGAUUGGUAGAGUUGCAGAGACUGCGCGCAAGCUCUGAGCGCAAGUUUAAGCGCUGGUUCUAUGAGAUGAGAGCUGAGCAGGAGAAGUGGCAAGAGGACCGCGCAGACUUGUUGGGCCAGAUCCAGGAUGAGCGUAACGCGAAGGAGCAGGCCCUGGCUGAUGUUGUGCAGGCUCGCAGAGACGCGCGCCAGCAAGAAAACGUUGCCAAUGAGGCUCGCAGAGAGCUCAACAUCUCGAAGAAUGAAGCCAGGCGUGCUUGGGAAGAUCUUGGCACCAUGGAGGCAGCCCGUCUUGGAUGGAUAGGAGAUCUUCGCCAGGGCCUCCCCACCGUCAUUGGAGGCGUUCAGGUCGUACCUAUGCACACUUCCAGCCAUCAGGGCAGUGAACGUCGUCCUACCACUGGCGGAAGCCCUCAGUACCAUCAGGCAAGAUCGCAGCAGUCUCCAGAGGUUCACCAGUCCCAGCAGCAAUACCAACCCAUUGUGCCGGACGUGCAAUACCAGGAAGAGGAGCCAUCGCCUACAGACACUGACCCCUUCACCGAGUCGGCCAGAGCUGGUCAACAUCUCCACCACGAACCCGACCUGCAGCAACUCGGUCCCGACGAGGCAUACGCCGCUGGCAGCACUCCUGCCUCGACCUCGACCGCUCGCACUGCCAUCUCCCCACAACAGCAACGUCGUGAUCUGUCCCCCCAUGCCGUGUCUCCCUCGAUCCACCCCAACGUGACCACCACUCGUCCUACAAUCCAACCCAGCCCAUCCGCCAGCACAGGCGCUGUUCGCGACGAGCCUGAACUCUUCUACCAGCAACCUCCUGGCAAGGUCUACCUCCACUCUUCUCCUGGCAGUGCCGGUGCGGGCUCAAGGACCCCCGUCGCCGAAACCACUCAAACCAUUCGCGAAUUAGGCUCGCGCCCUUCCUACGAAUCAAACACAACUGAAGAGACCGAGUAUGAGAUUGACGAACACGGCAACGUCCGCCGCGACGCUCAAGGCCGUCCCAUCGUCUACCGCAACCCCAGCCGUAGCGCACAGCACAACGCCAGUCACGUCUCUUCCGAAGACUACGACACCGCCGCUGAUGUCGCCCGCGAGCGCGAACUCGCCGCCCGCUAUGGUGUCAAUAUGCCCCCUCCCCAGGUCCCACACGCACCCACGACCAGUGCCGAGGCUAUGGCUUCAUUCGCCACUUCAACUGUCGACGAUGCUGACCCUGCCGGUUACCGCGCCGCCGAACCUGCCGAUUAUGAAGGUGCAGGCUACGGCGACUGGGAGGCCCUCCAGAGCAGACAUCACCAUCCCACUCGCCUCUCAGAUGUUCUCGAGGAGGACGAACGCAGUCGCACCACAGCCGAAUAG